AUGUCGAAAAUUUAAAAACAAAAUACUGUACAACUUAAUUUAUAGAAUGUUUAACAGUUUAUUCCUUCUUAAUAAAUUUAAGUUGGAUCAUAAAUUGGUGGCAAUUCUCCUAAACCUCCAUUAGGCUCAAAAUCAAAUAAAUCACCUAAAGGAGAUUGUUCAUUUAGAGUUAUUUCACCAAAAAUGACAAUUAACUUAAAUAAUUCAUAAAGAUCAAUAAGUAAGAGUAGUAGUCCAAUAGAAAAAUAAAUAUCUGAACCAGAUAAGUUAUAAUAUUUAGAAAACGAGAAUGAUGCAGUAAUUGAAGAUAAUUAAAUUAAUACUUCAGAUGUCUAAUAAAUACGAUAAAUUAAAUAAAAACUAAUGAAUAUGGGUGAAUUAAUAUCAAGUUUUCAUUUAGUUGAUAUUAAUUUAAAGGUUCUUAAAAAAUGGCAAUAUGAAUUAUUAUAAGAAACUAAAACAAUGAUUAAGUUAAAUAAAAAUGUCAUUAAUUUAUCGCAAACUAAAAUAAUAUCACCAAGACCAAAUUAAAUAAAAAAGAUUUCAAGUGAUGAAUUAUUAGAGAAAUUGUAAAAUGAAUAAAAAAAGCGAUUAGAGGCAGAAGAAUAAAGUGGUAGAAUACUCUAAGAUUAAGAAAAAUAUAUUUAAGUUUUAGUAUACUUUUAUAAAUUAUAUUAGAAUGAAAAACUAUUUCAACUUGAAUAAUAGUAUUCUAAAAAGAAAUCCUGA